AUGAGUGACCUCUCUUCCAUUCACAUUAUUCCACCUGAACGAGCAUUCAUGAACACUGGGGUAGACUAUGCUGGCCCCGUCAAUGUUCGCACCUCCAAAGGACGAGGUCACCAUUCCCACAAAGCCUGGAUUUGUAUUUUCGCCUGUUGUGCCUCCCGCUCAGUUCAUCUCGAGUUGGUUUCUGAUUACACAGCAGAAGCCUUCAUAGCUGCUUAUAUUCGCUUCACUUCUCGUCGUGGUCUUUGUCGAACGUUGUCUAGUGACGAGGGUACGAAUUUUGUAGGAGCAGAUCGUCAACUAAAGGAAAUGUUUUCUGAGGCAUCAGCAGAGUUUGUUUUGGUCGCUACAUACCUUGCUUCGCAUGGUACCCAGUGGAAAUUCAAACCUCCUGCAACACCUCACUUCGGAGGUAUAUGGGAAGCUGUAGUUAGAUCGACAAAAUUCGAUCUUCGUCGAGUCAUUGGGGACUCUACAUUGACGUUUAAAGAAAUGACCACUCUUUUAACACAAAUUGAGACUUUCCUUAAUUUUUGGCCUCGCAGAGCUCAGUCAGAUGAUGCAACAGACAUUUCUGCCCUCACACCAGGACAUUUUCUCAUUGGAGGUCCACUGAAUACAGUUCCUGAACCGUCGCUUGCAGACGGUCAGCUGAGUAUUUGA